GCGCCUCCCGAGAUUCCAAGCGUCGCGGAGACGCGCGGGUCCGCGGCUUGAGACGCUAUCGUCGCCACCAUGCCGAUGAAGGGCCGCUUCCCUAUCCGCCGUACGCUGCAGUACCUGGGCCGCGGGGAUGUGGUAUUCAAGGAGUCGGUGAAGGUCAUGACCGUGAACUACAACACGCAGGGGGAGCUGGGCGAAGGCGCCAGAACUGCAAGUGUUGGGGACACACCAAUCCUGUCUGUUUUUCCUCACUUUUCUGGAGGCAGGUCCCUCUUACAAUCUGUGACCAGUCCUGGACUUUCUCCAUGGAAAAGGAAAUUUGUGUUUUUCAACAUCCCUCAGAUCCAGUAUAAGAACCCUUGGGUGCAGAUCAUGCUGUUUAAGAACAUGACGCCAUCGCCCUUCCUGCGGUUCUAUCUAGAUUCUGGGGAGCAAGUGCUGGUAGACGUGGAGACCAAGAGUAAUAAAGAGAUCAUGGAGCACAUAAAGAAAAUUUUGGGCAAGAAAGAGGAGACCCUCAGGGAGGAGGAACUGGAGAAGCAGCGUCAAUCUCAUCCAGCCAACUUUGGCCCCCGGAAGUACUGCUUGCGGGAGUGCAUGUGUGAAGUGGAAGGUCAGGUGCCCUGCCCUGGCCUGGUGCCCUUACCCAAGGAGAUGACAGGGAAGUACAAAGCUGCUCUGAAAGCCAGCACUUAGGUCUGAGCAAGGUCAUUUGGGAUGGACUGAUGGAACUCUCUGAAAUGGAAAAGCCUGUUUGCACACCCAUUUAAAGGACAUGGGGAGAAGGCCAGAGUUGUCAGCUGCUGAACAGAUGUCAAUAAAAGAUUUAGUCUUCCUGUA